UAAUAAUAAUAAUGAUAACAUCAGCUUACAGCAACACUGGAAACUGUGACAACAUUAAUGUUGCAGCACCCUCGGGGGUCAAGCUUUUGCGGCGAAUUUUGCGGAACACCGGGAUUUCCGAGGAUCCGUGAAUGGAUUCUUUUCCCCGCAUCAACCAGGCUCAGCUAGCCGUCCGAGCGUCCGCCGCGCAGGUGUGUAUCGGCUCGUCCUUUUCUGCGAAAAGCCGAAAAUUUCAGGUGAGACAGUACGUGCCCGCUGACUGGAGUAUGUGUUUUGUCUCUUAAAGCCGUCUGGACCUGUUUGCAGACGCUGUGGCAAUGAAAGAAUAAUACUAAUAAAAUAAAAAAAGGCAGCGGAGCUAAACGGUCGUACCGUUAACAUGUUAGCCCCAGCACGGCGGUAGCACCGAGAUUUGAGACGUUUAGCCUCGGCUUGUUUUGACGGACAGCUUUUACAGCUCUGGGAGUCAAGUGUUUCAGCUUUGUACGAAGACAAAGAUAUAAACGCACCAACAGUAUAUUAUCAAGUAAGCUGACACCGACAGAGGGAAACCUGCAGCCUCCUUUCCCUCUUCCCCUUCUCCCUUUUCUACCUGCCUCCCUCUCUCUUGACUGUUUUCACAUCUUAUCUCCAACACUUCCUUAUCCCCUUCUAUCCACCCUCAUCUUUCUUAUCACUUUUUCAUCUCCCACGACAUCCAGUUGUCUCCAGCUCAUCUCCCUGGCCUCAUAGUGCUGACAUGGCCUCGGCCCAGUCAGAAUCCAGUGUCCUGCAAGAGGAGCUUACCUGCCCGGUGUGUCUGGAUUUGUACCGUGACCCCCACUUGCUUCCUUGUGGCCACAACUUCUGCAAGACCUGCCUCGAUCACCUAAAGCGGCAAGCAGAGCGAGGCCGCCUCCGCUGCCCAGAGUGCCGCGACAGCCACCGGUGUGGCACAAACUUUCAGAAAAAUUUCAAACUCGCCAAUAUUGCUGAUGACUACCGUCACAGACGCAGAGCUAUCACCUCAGCGGCUACAGCUUUAAAAUCCAGAGAACUGCUGUCGUCUUCACUGGCAGCACAGCCAGCCAGGAGUGUGUUUGCUGUUCCGUGUGACUACUGCCCCUCCGUCGCCACUGAGGCAUCAGGCGUCAGUGCUGCCGGGGGCAGGUCUUCUGCUGCUUCUGUUUCUCAGGAAGGAGAUGAUAAGCAGGAAGCUGCUGCUGCUGCUGUGUCAAUGUUUGCGGUCAAGACGUGCCUGAAGUGCGAGGUGUCUAUGUGCCAGGAGCAUGUAAAGCCACACCUGGAGCUACCGGCGUUCUGUGAACAUCCGCUGACAGAACCGAUAAAUGACUUCUGGAGGAGGAAGUGUCCAGAGCAUGAUGAGAUAUAUAGAUACUACUGCAUGGACGACAAGGUGUGUGUGUGCAACGCCUGCACCAUAGAGGGAGAGCACUCGGGACACACCAUGAAGACCCUGAAAAACACAAUGAAAGAUCUCAAGGGUGCGCUGGAUAAGCAGCUGUAUAGGGUUGAAAGGAAGUACAGCAUGGCAGAGAAAAAGCUCCAGGAGCAGAAGGAGAAGGAGAGACAGAAUAAGAAGUUUAUGGACGACUCUGAGCAGUGCUUGACCAGGCUGGGUGAGGAGAUGAAGGUGAAAGUACUCGGCUUUGUCAGCAGACUGCGAGAAUGCACACGCGCUCACUGUGACACCAAUGGGCCGACAAUUCAGAAGAACAUCUCCAGGAUCUGCCAGGACCAGGCCCGUCUCCAGGAGGUCCGCUGUGGCAUCGAAGGCCUCAUGCAGGAAAAUGACCCUUUCCGCUUCAUCGAGGCAUACAGGACAACAGGAAAACAGUGCCGUAGGCAGCUAAGAAAAAACAUGUUCUACCCAGAAUACGUCGACAUGGAGACAGAGGUUCUUGUCGCAAUGAUGGAAGAAGAAAUGAGGAAAUUCCUUGAUGAAGAACUACCAUGUCACAUUCUUGCUGCCAUUAAUUCCCUGUGUCAUCUCUCAGAUCUCGAGGAGGAGGAGGAGCAGGAGGAGAAUGAGGAAGAGGCUGCAGAGGAAGAUGACGACGACGACGACCUCGACGACAGCAGCGAAGAAGAAAUGAGGAGUGAGGGGGAGGAGGAGGAAGAUGAGGAGGAGGAAGAAGAGGAGGAGAGACAUAACCAGAGUGAGCUGGCCGAUGAUCUUUACAGCCCGGAGGAGGAGGAAGAGAGUGAAGAGGAAGAAGAUGAGGAAGAUGAGGAUAGAGAAGAGGAGGAUGAUGAAGAGAGAGGGGUUUAAUGGAGGACGUGAUUUGUUUGCAUAUAUUUUUACACAAAUCGCUGUUUGUCGCUAAUACAGAUUGUGUGAGCUACUGGACAACUAAGUUUCCACGGGGGGGAUGAAUAAAGAAUCCAUCUCUCUCUCUAUCUCUCGACCCUUCAGGCACUUUGACUUUGAUGCCUAACUGAGGGUGAUUGCGACAGAUGUUACGGUUUUGACAUCUGUUUUGUGCUGCACACAUUUACACUUUGAAUGUCCCACAUACAGAGCAGGACUCCACACUUUGCCUCGACCCUCCCACAAUAUUCUGAGACAUACUGGAUGAUGACAGAGCUUUGACUGAGCUGGACUUAAAACUAACUGUGCACUGAGAAUCUGCCAGUGUGAAUCUCAUGCUAAACCUGUGUAGCAUACUGCUAAACUUAAUUAAGGUGCUUUAAGUUAGAAGACAUUUGCUGUAUACGUACAUACAUGAAUGUGAAUGUAUAACGACAGAAUGUGGCUGGAAGGACUCAAACAUUUCAGACUGAAUUUGGCAAAACCUCUGUGAUGCCAGAUUUUCUACCACUUUGGUAACAGUUUCGCAGAAUGUGAGAUAUUUGACUUUACAGCACUGACAGAUUUGAUUUAAUUUAUUUUGUGAACUUUGAUGUGAAUCUUCAGUAGAAUAACAGUUAUGAGGCAGAGAGAGGUCUUUCCCAGUUUUCCAUCACCAUAGAAAGCCUUUUCGAUUAGAGUACUUGUAAACAGGCCAAAGUUUGGACCUAAAAGAGGUACAGUUCAGCGAAUACACCAGGCCAGUAACAAUCUACUUGAAUUACUCCUGUGUGUGCGGAUUGUUAUGAUUGUUUCAUUCAAGCUAGAGAUGAACAUUGCAAGCCAAAGAAUGAGGAUGUGCGUGUGCAUGGGCUCUUUGAAAAGUUUGUUUGCUUGGCAUGAUGUUAUAAAAAAAAAUGCAGUGUAAUAAGAGUUUACAUAGGCUACAGCUUUUCAUAAUUCAUAGUGCUUUAAAAGCAGUUAAUGCAUUGUUUUAAAAAAAUGUCAAAUAUUCCUAUGCACUCUUCAUUCAUUAUUCUUAAAGUAUUAGUUUCAGGUGAUGUGUAAUUUUGCACUUUACUACAAAAAAAAAAAUGCUAUACAAGGCUUGAAAUACUUGAGUGUGGGAAGCUGAUUUUUAUUCUGAGUGAUUUUGUGAAGGGCCACACUAAAACAAUUAAUACAUGGAAAUAA